UACACAGAGCUACAUGAUUUCACCCUUAAGCAACCAUAACCCCUUCUAGUAUAGUUAGCUUAGUGCAGUGACUAACUUAGCUUGAGAUGGGAGGGUACCAGGCAGUACUGGAUCCAGACAACCAGAAGCCAUCCAGCAAAAAUCCAGGCUACUUCCUGUCCAAACACACCUGCGCUUGGCUCGCCAGCGGCUUCGUCUUGUUGGCUCUCCUCCACCUCCUCUGCUGCGCCCCGGCCGGCACUCGACCAGCGGCGGCCUUCUCUCCUCUGCUCCAGUACAUCAACAACACUUACUCCUUCGUCUCAACAGUGCCGGGAGUAGGGAAGAGCUGCAACUACUCGGAUGGGAAAUGGGUGUGGGCGCCGGGGCACGUGCUGCGGUACAACGCCACAAGGUGCAACGUGAAGGCGACCCACGACUGCAUCCGCAACGGCCGCCCCGACACCGGCUACCUCGACUGGCGGUGGCAGCCGGCGGCGGCGGGCUGCACGCUUCCGGCGUUCGACGCCGGGUCGUUCCUCGCGGCGGUGCGCGGCAAGCACGUCGCCUUCAUCGGCGACUCCAUGGCUCGCAACCAGGCCCAGUCCCUCAUCUGCCUCCUCGCCGCCGCCUUCCCCUACCGCCUCCAGUACCGCGCCACCGGCGACCCCGGCAAGUACAACCUGUGGCGCUACGCGUUCCCGUCGCACGCCGUGACGGUGUCCUACUACUGGGCGCCGUUCCUCGUCAGGGCGGAGGGCAAGUCGGUGGACGACAGCGUCCCCCACAACUACGUCCACCUCGACGAGCCCGGCGAGCGGUGGUCCGCCGACGCCGCCACCAUCGACGUGGCGGUGCUCGCCGCGGGCCACUGGCUGAUGAACGGCGCGAUCUACUACAACGGCAGCGAGGUGUUCGGCGUGCACAACGCGCCCGAGGAGUUCGCCAACCGCACCAAGGUCGGCUACGCGUGGCCGCUCCGGCUGGCGUACCGGACGGCGAUGGAGCGGCUGGUGGGCGCGUCGCGGGGGACGCCGCGCGACAUGGUACUCGUCACGUUCUCGCCGUCGCACUUCGAGGGGAGGCCCGUGCAGAGCCCCACGGCGUGCACGAGGAUGGAGCCGUACAGGGAGGGGGAGAAGGAGCUGGAGUGGGUGUUCAGGGAGAUCAGGGACGUCGUCUACGACGUGGCGGCAGAGGCGAGGCGCGGCGGUGGUGGCGGCGAAACGACGGUGAGGAUCGAGGUGCUGGACGUGACGAAGCUAGCGUCGAUGAGGCCGGACGGGCACCCCGGCGUGUACAUGAACCGUGACCCGUUCGCGAACGGCGUGGAUGAGAACAUGUUCUCCGAUUGCCUCCAUUUUUGCCUGCCUGGCCCGGUAGAUACCUUCAACGAGAUACUCGUGCAACUCCUCAAGAAACGGCGGUGAGAACAUGUGGCAGCUCGAUCGAUCUCACCAUGUUAGAUCGUGUUUUUGUUUGUGGAAAAUUAAUUACCGUAGGAAAGGCUUCCUACAAAUGUUAGGUCCUGUGUGUAUGGUGCAACGCCAUCAGCCCGUUAUAGCAUGAUGUGUGGCGGUGUAUAGCAUGAUGUAGUAGUUGAGACCAAAGUAGAACAUUUUUUGAAAAAAAAACAUAUAUUUUAAUAAACUGGUGAAUAGUUAAUAUUUAAAA